GUCUUGCACAGGAGGUGGAGAUUAUCCAUCCCACCCAGCCAGAGGUCUGUGACAGGAUAGAUCGGAUGGAGCUAAGAGUGCAGCCUUAGUAUUGCAGUGGAUUGAGGUGGGAGAGGAGAGUCUGCUGGAUAGAACUUGGCCGCUUGCUGUCCCCAUGUGUGUGCUUUGUCACAUUCAGUUGCAUUGAGACCAGCGCAGCCUGGAAGUAAAAGGAUUGUAUUGGACACCGGCUUCAUUACAUGGGUGAUCAACUGGAAUACUGACAUUAAAAAAUACAUCAUUUCGAUUAAUCAAAAAAAGAAAAAAUCAGGAUGGGAGGCGACAUCUUGAGAUUCACCGUGCUAGUGGUAUUGGCUGGAAUUGCAGUCAGCAGCAGUUUUGGGGAGCACUACCAAAAUCGGACUGAUGCCAACACAGAUUUCACAAUGCUAAAUCGGAGUUACACUCCUCCUGUAAGAAGAAUGAAUAGAUCUGAGUUGUGCCCAGAAAAGACAAAAAUCAACCAUGUCUUUAAAUAUAUAAACACCAUCCUAUCGUGCGCUAUUUUCAUCGUUGGAAUGGUUGGCAAUGCAACCCUGCUCAGGAUCAUUUACCAGAACAAGUGUAUGAGGAAUGGCCCAAAUGCCCUGAUAGCAAGCCUGGCUCUAGGAGACCUCAUUUACAUUGUUAUUGACAUCCCUAUAAUUGUCUUCAAGCUGCUUGCCCAGCGUUGGCCUUUUGAUCAGUCUCCUGUUGGAUCGUUCCUCUGCAAGCUGGUUCCCUUCAUUCAGAAAGCUUCAGUUGGAAUCACAGUGCUCAAUCUGUGUGCCCUGAGUGUGGACAGGUACCGAGCAGUUGCAUCCUGGAGCCGAGUUCAAGGCAGCGGAAUUCCUCUUAUCACAGCCAUUGAAAUCAUCUCUAUCUGGGUUCUGUCCUUUGUCCUGGCAGUUCCUGAAGCCAUUGGCUUUGUUAUGGUGCCCUUUGAGUAUCGUGGUGAAGAAUUCCGAACAUGCAUGUUCCACGCAACAAGCCCAUUUAUGAUGUUCUACAAAGUUGCAAAAGACUGGUGGCUCUUUGGGUGCUACUUUUGUGUGCCUUUGGCUUGCACUGGGGUGUUUUAUACUAUGAUGACCUGCGAAAUGCUGCACCAGAGGAAAGGAAGCCUACGGAUUGCUCUUAGUGAGCACCUGAAACAGCGCCGUGAAGUUGCAAAGACCGUUUUCUGCCUGGUAGUAAUAUUUGCCCUUUGCUGGUUCCCGUUACAUCUCAGUCGAAUUAUUAAGAAAACAAUUUACAACGAGUUGGAUCCCAGCCGCUGUGAGCUCCUCAGCUUUUUGUUGGUAAUGGAUUUCAUCAGUAUUAACCUAGCAGCGCUCAACUCCUGUAUCAAUCCUAUAGCUCUCUAUUUUGUGAGCAAGAAAUUUAAAAACUGCUUCCAGUCAUGCCUUUGCUGUUGUUGCCAGUCCAAGACACAUAUUAAUACAGCUCCCAUGAAUGUAACAAGCAUCCAGUGGAAAAACCAUGAGCAAAAUUACUACGGUGCAGAUAGGAGCAUUCACAAGGACAGCAUCAAUUAGCCCCACCCCUGAAUAACGUGAAACCUCCCAUGAAAUUCACAGGUGGCUGCUUCUUACAGUAAAUCCACAAAGAGUGUCAGAGAAACAAAGAUCCUGCUGGCGGUGUUUGCAUCUUCAUUCCAUUACGGACGGUUCUUUCUGUAUUUAAGCUCCACCCAUCUGUUCUCUUAUUGGCUGUAAUACAGUCUUCACCUUCCACACCCAGCAUAUGCGCACAGCUGGACUGUCUCUAUGAAUCUUCCUGCCCUUUGGAAAGAGACAUUUUUACUGGCCUGCAAACAUUUUCAUUACACGAUAAACAUGAAGGAAUUCAUUUGCCAGUUCUCUCUCGAAUUACUGAGACAAGUGUCCCGAUAUAUUGGAAAGCUUUACAGGCCAUGCUAGCAACAGUGUUUAAAGGAGUUUAAGCAGACUGCAGUAUUUCUAUUGAGUUAUUAUAUAUAAUAUUAUAACUGUAUAGAUCCAUUUCUAUUUAAUACCAUAACUCUUUAAAAAAUAUAUUUUUAUUUGAGCACAGUGGAAUGUUGAAGCAUUCGAGCAUGUGUCGUGCUGACAUUUUGUCCCAAAUGUAAAAUGCUGGGUAGUAAGAAAAAUGUUGGACUUUUUGCCAAAAAAUUUAAAAAGCGUGUUUUAUAGCACUUCGUAAUCUGGAGCCUUGCUUUCUGUAGAUAGUGGGUUUUGAAAGUGCAUGUCGGGAGAAACCACAAUAUUCUAUUAACUAAACAAAGAAAUUCCUUUGAUGAUACCCAAUGCACAAGUCCCAAAGUGUUCAGGUAAACACAAAUUAUAUCCACUUACAGUUCAUUUACGGAAUUUUUUUUUUGGUUGUUAUUAAAGCUGGUUUGCAUUUUCUGCCAUAUGAAACAUUAUUUUCUAUCCUUUGUAUAUGGAAAAAUGUAUGUAGCUGUUUAAUCAGGCUUUUGGAGUCACAUAAAACAGUGCUCAGCUUAACUUACUCCAAAGAGGAAAUGAAUGUUUUAUUCAUUUUUCAAUCUCUAUUUGUAUAGAAUAUCUGCGCUCAGCAGUGAAUGAUGUCUGUUUACAAUGUUAGUACAUUUAACCAUGCAAAACGCUCAUUAGAGAAUCAGGGUGAAUGUUCCAUACUCACACCACUUUAAAGAAGUCAAAACAUCAAUAGUGUAAUAGAAUCUUAAGUGCAUUUUUUUUUCAAUGUGAAAUGAAGAAAUACUUUAUGGCUAGAACAUUCCACCACGGACGGCACAUUGAUAAACUGAAAGCGGAGACAACAUUUCAAUAGGAAAUGUUCCUCUAAGAAGACAUCUGGCUUGCUUAUUGUUAUGUACAAAAGCAAUUAAGAGACUAUUUAAUGAUGUAUAAAGAAUAUAAAAAUAUAAUUUUGUAAUUUACUCUCUCUGCAUUUAAAACACAUGUAAAAUUCUGUAUAUACUAUUUUUUUAAGUAUUAAUAACAGUCUUCUAUGUAAUCUUUUAGACAGUUCUCUACAAUAAUGGUUAUGGGCAUGUAUAUGUAGAAGCCCCAAAUAGCUAUUUAUUAUAUUAUUUCUGAGCCAUUUCCCCAGGUAGGACAAUAGAUAUCAAUCUGAAGCUCAUGGAAUCGUGGAAUUCCUUGCAUUACACUCAGGAGCAUAGUUACAGGGAGUGGAGGGGUUGUGACUACAACUAGGCCCCAAAGCCUGGGGGAGCAACAUUGGUUAUAAAAUGGGCACAAUAAAAUUAAAAGUGCAGCUAAAAGGGUCAGUGCACAAUCCCAAAUUUAGGGACUGGGGUUAUGGAUGAAAAACCAGGAGUGAUUAUGGAGAAUAUGUUUUUGGGGGUGACAAGAAAAAAUCUGCAUUGGAGAACCAUGGUGCUGUAGGUAUGCUUCUGCUAACACAGUCAAUAAAGGUCUUCUAUAAGUAGAAAGAAAAAGUCAUAGGAUUUCAACAUGGAAGUACAAUGGCAUUAUCUUCCAGCAUAACAACCCCUCACACUUUAUGUAUGUAGAACUGUAACACUUUUUGACAUGACUGUUGGCUUAUUGAAGGUCUUCAAAUUGUAAUUUAUUCAACAGGCACAAGUUAUGUCAUGGGCAAUUGUUAAGUGAAUGUUAGAUACAGUAAAUGCAUUAAAAGCUAUAAAGUUCAUAUUCAUAUAUAGAAUCUCUUUUUUACAUGAACAGUUUUGAUAUAUGGCUGUGUAUGUUGUCAUGCACUUGUUCAUUUAGAGCAUAUUUGGCUCUAAUAAAGAAAAAAUGAAUAUGCUCUA